AUGCCUCCUGGCCUUGGCCAUACACGUGAGGCUCACAGAGAGAAACACUUCCUUGGUGGAAGCUACCGUGGGAAAUGCUUCCUCCCUAGAGAAGCCUCCCCAGUGCCUACCUGCCCCUUGGACCCCAAGCAAGGAGGGCUCUUCUAUUUCUCCAAGCUUGACAGAGACGACGUCUACUUCCUGAUGCUUUCAUGCCUCUUUCUACUGAUGGAUUCGGUGGCUGUCCCUGGCCAACCAUGCCUGAUCUCAGAAGACCAAGGGUUGUGGAACCUGUUCAGGAGUGAGAUGGGAGCCCAUGAUGAUCCCCAGACUAUACAGGUUACCAACACUUUGGAGUACAUGAAGCAGCAGGGCACCCAAGUCUACAAAGUCUUUGUUUAUCUUUUGUUGACACCAACAGGGAAGAACUGGUGCCAGAGUUUGAUUCUGAGGGAUUUUUCAGAGCCCGCUGUGGCUCAGCGGCUGGCGCUACAGAGGGAAUUCACUUUGUCCACUGAGAAAAUUGCUGAUGAAAAGGAUGAGAAUACGGAACGGGGCAACUGGUCGAGCAAAGCGGACUAUCUCCUCUCCAUGGUUGGCUACGCUGUGGGCCUGGGCAACGUCUGGCGGUUUCCAUACCUGACCUAUCGGAAUGGAGGAGGAGCCUUCCUGAUCCCCUACACUCUCAUGCUGGCCCUGGCCGGCCUCCCGCUGUUCUUCAUGGAAUGCUCCCUGGGACAGUUUGCCAGCUUGGGACCCGUUUCGGUUUGGAGAAUCCUCCCCCUUCUUCAAGGAGUGGGAAUCACCAUGGUGAUCAUUUCCACCUUUGUGACCAUUUAUUACAACGUCAUCAUUGGGUACAGCCUCUACUACCUGUUCGCCUCCUUCCAGCGGGUCCUUCCGUGGGCCGAAUGCGACAAGACCUGGGCAGACGCGGGAUGCAGCAAGACGCCAAUCGUGUCAUUCUGCAACGUUACGCUGAAUAAUAUCAUCACCCAGGUGAAUUACACGUGGGUACAGGAUAAUAACCUCACCUGCAUCAACAACACAAAGUUGUUUGUGGAUACCCAGGUUCCCAGCGAGCAGUAUUGGAACAAAAAGGUCCUCCAGCGGUCGAACGGCUUAGACGAGACCGGGGAGAUCGUGUGGUAUCUCGCUCUUUGCCUUCUCCUUUCCUGGCUGAUUGUAGCAGUGUCCUUGUUCAAAGGAAUCAAGUCUUCUGGAAAGGUUGUCUACUUCACAGCCAUCUUCCCUUAUGUUGUCCUGAUCAUAUUGUUGGUGCGAGGAGCCACCUUGGAAGGUGCCCGCAACGGCAUUGAGUACUACAUCGGGGUCCAGUCCAAUUUCACCAAGCUGACCGAGGCAGAGGUAUGGAAAGAUGCAGCAACACAGAUCUUCUUCUCACUCUCCGUGGCCUGGGGUGGGCUGGUGGCCCUCUCCUCCUACAACAAAUUCCAUAAUAAUUGCUAUGCCGAUGCCAUUUUUGUCUGCGUGACCAACUGCCUGACCAGCGUCUUUGCCGGCUUCGCAAUCUUCUCCAUCUUGGGGCACAUGGCGUUCAAGGCAGGCAAGAAUGUUUCCCAGGUUGUGGAAUCAGGAUUUGACUUGGCCUUUGUGGCCUAUCCUGAAGCCCUUUCCCAGCUACCGGUGGCUCCUUUGUGGUCCUUUUUGUUCUUCUUCAUGCUUCUGCUUCUGGGUCUCGAUUCCCAGUUUGCCACCAUAGAAACCAUCACUACCACCAUCCAAGAUAUCUACCCUGCAGUGAUGAAGAAAAUGAGAGUUGUUGUGACGAUGGGGUUGUGUCUGCUACUGUUCCUGCUUGGGCUCGUGUGUGUGACCCAGGCAGGAAUCUACUGGGUCAACUUGGUGGACCAUUUCUGUGCAGGCUGGGGUAUCCUCUUUGCAGCUAUCCUUGAACUGGUGGGAAUUUGCUGGAUUUAUGGAGGAAACCGGUUUAUUGAAGACAUCGAGAUGAUGAUUGGGAAGAAAAGCUUCCUCUUCUGGGUGUGGUGGAGAACCUGCUGGUUUUUCAUCACGCCUUGCCUCUUGCUCACCAUCUUGAUCUGGUCCCUGAUCACUUUUGAACCCCCCAAGUAUGGCAAAACAAAAUACCCGGGGUGGGGCACCGGCAUCGGCUGGUGCAUGAUCAUUUUUUGCCUUAUUUGGAUCCCGGUGGUGGCCAUUUGCAAGAUCACCAAGGCGAAAGGGAACUUGUGGCAGCGCAUCGUCUCCUGCUGCAAGCCCAAACCGAGCUGGGGGCCGUACCUGGAGCGUCACCGGGGGGAAAGGUACAAGAACAUGGUGGGCCCGGCCAAGAAGACAGACGUCGAGAUCCCCACUGUGGAUGGCUACAUCCGCAAGCUGGAAUGAAGAGGGAGGCGAGGCUGGGGGAAGACCCCACACCGCCCUGAGUGGAACCAGGGGAGCCGAAGGGACGCCGCGCGACUGAUUCCAAGGACUUGAAUGAUCUGCUACCGAGCCACGGCCGGACCCCCGGCCCGCGCGGAGGCCAGUUCUGCCAAGGCAGGCCAGGCCAUGGUGGGAGGGGCAGCCCAGGGACAGCCUUCUAGCUCAGGGGCACUCCCUGGGGGUGGGUGGGUUCCAGCCCCUGCCCCAUCAGGCCCUGUCUACAAAGAGCUGGCAAAUCCCCCCCCAAAACAAAAUCCUAAAACCUCUCGUCUGGAAAAGAAGGAGUUCCCUCCCUUGCAGGGGUGUGGUGUUGAAGAACACACUUCGGCGAUACUGUGAGGCUCUUUAGAGCCAUCCAAGUGCCUAAGGCUGGAAUCCUUUGCACACUUCAUUGGACGUGAAGCCCACCAUAAUCCAGGGAGAUUUACUUCAGGAUCACUGCACAACGCUCUGGUUGUGUGUGCACGCGUGUGUGUAUGGGAGAGAGAGAUUCCGCACCUAGCAUUUUAUUUGCAUAAUUUAUUCCUUGAAUUUUAUUUGGGAUGUAAUUUAUUUUUGUUUUGCUAUAAUUGAGGGAAGCUUCUGAAAACCUCUCUCCCCCAGACAGCUGGCAGUCCCACUGAGCCGUCAAGACUUGGGGCAGACGUUUCUUGUUUGUUUUCAAGCGUAUCUCCAUAGCCAUAAGGGCUAGAAACUUGUUUUAAGAAGAGAAAGAGAGAGGGAGAGAGAGGGAGAAAAGGAGAUUCCUUAGAAGCAGAACCUGCGUCUGGUACGCCCUGCUGGGCCUGAAGUCCCGGCUGUUCUCAGCUGGUGCAGACAGCUGGCUGGCCAGCUUAUAAAGUAAUCUGUCCAGACUUUGGUUUCGUGAAGCUCUUUUGAUUUGUCCAUUUCAGCAGUUUCUUCUUCUUCUUCUUCUUCUUCUUCUUCUUCUUCUUCUUCUUCUUCUUCUUCUUC